AAGGCCGGCGCGUCAUUGGCGGCAACAAUCACAACUUCAUCAUUGUUUUCAGAGAGCAACCAUUGUGCUAGCAGAGAGAAGGAAGGAAGAAGGAAGCAAGGAAGCAACGAAAAUGCCAACCAAGGUAUCUCGUCGUCAACUAAUUCGAGCCUGUAAAGGCAGGGGAUGGAUGGUCCAGGGACCAGCUCUGGUGGCCAUGCAUGAGUUCUUUAACCUCCAGGACAGUGUGGCCCUUGAUACCGUCUUGGAUGCCUUGGCCAAGAGACUGGAUCGCAGCACCACAGUUGUUACUGAAUCGUUGUGGAAUGGGUUGAUGGAAGAGACCGAUGAGACAGAUGAUGCUGUUCCCCUAGACAACGACAGAUCUUCUUCGGAUGUUCUUCAGGUGGUCAACGCGUUUGAUGGACCAAAGUUGGUUUAUGACACUACGCGAAGGGCUUUUCGCAUUGAUGAAAAGCCAAUCUCAUUGCUGGGAUCUGCACAAGACAAGAUCAAAAUGAUGGCGCAGAGAUAUGCAUUUGUCCAUCAAAGAUUGCUGCGCCAUCAAGCCAAAAAAGAAUUUCAACUGACUCCAAUCGAAAGUCUGCUUGGAAGGCAAUCCACUGGUCACGAGGAACCGGUACUGGUGAUGGGAAUCUUGACCCAGGCCAGCGAGGGAAAAUUCAAACUCGAAGACUCGACAGGCGAGGUUGAAGUCUCUUUCCACAAUGCCACCCUAGUCGAAAGCUGCUUUGUCACUGAAAAUUCUAUACUCCUAGUCGAAGGAACAUUUGUCAAUGGCAGCGACAUUCUCGAAGCUCACAGGGUUGGAUCUCCCCCAUUUCUCGAGGAACGAGAAUCGUGCUUGAACCUGUUGAAAAAGCAGGUGCGACACGCUCACUUUCAGCCAUCAACAACAAACAACGAUUUUUCUUUGGUGGUCUUGUCAGAUGUCCAUUUGGACCAACCAAGUGUGUUGGCCAGCUUGGAAAACUUGUUUCAAACUGUUCAGGAAAAGCACGACCAAUCUACAGACGAACCAUUGGUGUUUUGCCUCAUGGGAAACUUUGCAUCGAGCCCUUAUGCCGACAAUCAACAGGGUUGGCAAGACUUGGCCAAACUCAUUGAAAAGUUCAAAUUCCUGGCAAACCAGGCACACUUUGUCGUUGUGCCUGGGCCCAAUGACACUACGAUUUCCAUUCUGCCUCUGACGCCCAUUAGCUAUGAAUCAACGGUUCCCGCCAAAAGUAUGCAAUCCAUUCGCAAUGUGCAUUGGGGAAGCAAUCCUUGUCGACUCCGCCUAGAAGGCAAAGAGAUCGUUUUGUUCAACUAUGAUGUGCUUUCUUCCAUGUUGCAGAAUGCUAUUCAGCUACCUGAAGAAAAUAGCAUUACGACCCCUCGCUCUCGAAUGCUCAAGACAAUCCUGGACCAAGGGCAUCUGUUGCCUGUCGCCAAAUCACCAAUUUACUGGAACUGUGAUCAUGCUCUCCGGAUUUGGCCACCACCCGACAUGAUUGUUCUAGGAGGAUCCUCCGCUGCUCCAGAAAGUCAACUGUAUGCUGGCUGUGAUGCCGUUCAUUUGGGAUCCUUCUCCAGGAAGGGGUCCUGCUCUUACUAUACCCCUAGACCAGAGUUUAACGAUGAUGACGAUCACGAACUCGAAGAUGGCACAUCUCGAUUUGAGUUUCUGGAAGCACUUCCCGCGGAACUAAAGGCGAAAAAAAUGUAGGUGCAUGCCUUGCCUGAAGUCAAUGUCAACCAAUGGGUUAAUUAAGCCUAUUAGUACUCUGGAGAUAAUCUAUAAACUGAAUAAUGACUGACUAGCUAGACUAAAGAAGCUUA